AUGCGGAACCCUCGCAAGAAUCUCCCUAGCACUGCCCGCCGCUUCUUCAUCCGGCUGGUGGUAUUCUAUGUUCUUGGAGCCCUGGCAAUCGGCAUCAUUACCAACUCUGAUUCCGAUGGUCUGGUCUCCGGUACUGGCAACGCUAACGCUUCUCCAUGGGUCAUUGCCAUCCAUUAUCAACGCAGGCAUCCUCACCAGUGCGUGGUCCUCCGGCAAUUCCUACCUCUUCAUGUCGAGCCGAGCGUUGUACUCCCUCGCGGUUGCAGGGAGCGCGCCAAAGGUAUUCACCAGAUGUACCCGUUACGGAAGGCCUAUCUACGCGGUGGCGGCCAGCAGCUGCUUUACCUUCCUUGCCUACCUAAGCUGCGGCUCUCAUGCUGGAGUAGUGUUUUCAACUGGCUCAUCAACCUGACCAACACCGCGGGUUUCACUUCCUGGGUUGUCUGCUCUAUUGUCCUCAUCCGAUUCCGAAAAGCGUGUGUGGCACAAGGCAUCACUGUCCCGUACAGCUCACGCAUUCAGCCAUACGCCUCAUAG